UUUGGUAUUUCUAACUAAUAUAUCUUAUCAUAAAUGUAGCAAGGAACACGAACGACUUGAUUUCGUUUGUUUGGUUGUUGAUUUGACUGAGAAGUCGUAACUGCACAAGUUUUGUUGAUGUCAAUCGUGUGAUUUAUUGAAUUGGGACUCGUACACAGUUUUCAAUGCUGCGCGGUUAAAGACGUUCUCGAUGAGGCGUGGCAGCUUAUAUCAUCUCGGAGUGCUUCGAGUAACUGACGUCACAACAGAAAACGUUAAGUCAAUAAUGUAGUAUUUUUACUUCAGUCUGUCUCCUACUGUGAACGGAAAAACAGAUUGACUUUAUUCUACUUUAAUGAACAAAUUGGUGAAGUUGUUUAAGGACUUUCUUUGCUUCGUAAAACAACGAGUAUUAAAAUUGGCAAUAUUUCGGUACACGAAAUGGCCAUAAUGCAAAUUUCACACCUUUUUAAAAUCCCUAACACGUACUUUCGCUUAACAGUUAGCUUUUAAAAGAUUAAAAGGUGAGAGUGCAACCCGUUUAGCUAAACGAAUUGGUCGUGUUUGGGUUUUUCAGUCACGUACUAUUACAUUCGCGGUAAAGCUUCGAAAUGUAGCGAAAAAAACGACAAAGGAUAGUCCUCAAAUAACGUCUUCGUUCAGUAAGAAAGCAGUUUGGCUUUGAAAAUCAAACGCAACAGUGUAGAAACGAUCUGCUAUAAACCACCUAACCAUGUUGUCAGGUUUCGACAGACCAUUAGCGCUCACUACAGGUAGUGACUGAUUGGUUUCAUCAACAUGUGACCUUAUCAGUUGGCACGUGCAUAUUGCUAACCAUUAUUUCUUACGGAAGGAGCAGCACAAAUAAAUACAUCUUUAUUCCAAGUGGAAUUUUAAAUGGUUAAUGUUGAUUGAGAUGUGGUUUAAAGUUUACUAAUGGUAAAUUAUAAUUUUAUUUUAUAGCGAUGAGUUAGAAUUAUACCUUUGCGUUUUUCUUUUGGAGAUAAUGUUGCCACGCUGCUUCUUCCACAGGCUAACAUAAAUUCAAAUGUCCAGGAUAAAGAAACGAGAGAAUUAAAAGAAAAAAUGGGGGAUUAGCCAUUUUGGGUGAGCAAGACGCCUCUGUAAUCCACACGGCAUUAAAAUCAAGAAACGUAUGCGAAAAAUUCCAUUUGGGAAUUCUGCAAGUGACCGUCUCUGACUUUCUUGCGAAGCACUUUAAGUCGUACAGUGGUGGUUUAAACAAGUUAUAAUUUAUUUCAUAGAAAACCAUGGCCUUUCCAGGCCCUGACGCCGUAAAGUUCGGGUGGAACUUUUUGCUUACACCGGAGUGGGUGUUCCAAAAUCCCGCCUGGAGGGUGCCGAAUUUCUCGAUCUACUCGGAAUAUUUGCAGAUGGCAACAGAGCAAAUUGUUCAUGGUGGGGUUCCUAGCCGCUUUGGACUGCCAAAUUUUCCUAUGAAGUAUUUCGAAUCACCGCUUUCUGUUGUGCAAAACAACUUCGACCAAUCAGAGUAUUCGUCAUCUGCAAAUAGAUUUGAAGAUCAAAAGAACCUGAACGGCAUUAAAAGACCUCUCUCUUUAUUAACACUAGCAGAUAAGCACGAAUUAUCCAUCGCCGACGAAGACGUUGCAAAUUCUGAUACAAAUCACACCCGUCAGCCAACAGAUGCAACGAAAUUGCGGUGCCAAUACUCGAGGAACGGAUGGAAUUUCCAGGAAUCAAAUUUUCGGGAUCAAGUAUUGAAAACAUCAACUGAAACCAUCCCAAAACAGCAAUACGAGAAGCCCCACCUAAAGUUUGGAGUAAGCACUAUUCUUUCAUUGGAUACCAUUUCGAAAAAUCAGAGCUCGCUAAACUCAGAAAAAACACAACCGCCAACUGAUUGUCAACAUGGUCACGUGCAAGAUUCACACACACAAGAUCUAAGAUCUACUUUGAUUACACAAGCGUGUCAUCCGUAUUCUCAACACCCGGUUACACAAUAUCCACAUUACGUCACCCACGGAACAUACGUGCACUCAAACCCUGUGGCCCCAAUUUUGCCAACGUGGUAUCAGGGGGCGGUUCGUGGGCGGGGUCGCCGCGGAAUGCUAAGAAGGGCGGUAUUCUCUGAUAAUCAGAGGAAAGCACUCGAAAAGAAGUUUCAGCUCCAAAAGUACAUUGGGAAGCCCGAUAGAAAGAAGUUAGCGCUCAAGCUUGGCCUAAAAGACUCCCAGGUAAAAAUCUGGUUCCAAAACCGAAGAAUGAAGUGGAGAAAUUCCCAAGAGCGUCAAAUGAUUUCGUCAUCUUUGUCAACAGAAAACAACAAGGUGCAGGUUCUACCGAUUCCCAAGUGCGUAAGGGAGCAGACUGAGGGGGCUACAAGUCAGGUUGCAGUUGAUGAAUAAAGCAGCAGUAAUUUUAAAUAUCAACACACUGAAUGUUCCUUGUAUAACUGUACCUGGCACAGCGAUUAUAAUUUGAAACAAGUUUAUUUUUGUAUACCAACAAACACAAGCGUCUCCAUUCUAAGAAAUCAGCAACUGUAGCAAAUAUAGUCUGGCUAUACACGUAUAAAAUAAGGUAUUGUCAUCACGAUAAGAAAAUGUGAUUUAUAUGUUAUGUGAUUGUCUAUUACAACUGGUCCAUAUUGCUCGAAUGUCUAGUUUGCUUGUUGUUUAAAUUUAAGGUUCAAGUUCAUCAUAUUAAUCUAGCGCUCAUGUGUACCAGUGUCACUUCACUUUAGCUAUAGUUCCCAUAAAUACGCGAGGACUUAGUGCAAAACCAACAAAGUAUCGAGUUUACUUGCUAUGAAUACACCACCGGCCUAGAA